UUGUCGCCCGACGAGCUCCGCCUCUUCCGCCUUUACGGCAGAGUGCCUUCGCAGUCUCACCGCUUUGCACUUCACCUCAAGGAGCGCAAGUACUUUGACUCGGGCGACUAUGCUCUGUCCAAGGCUGGCAAGGGCAACAGUGUCGACGUCGGCAUCAUUGGCUCCCUGCAUCCAGCCCCGCAAAACAUGCCC